AUGGAUCAUCUCGAAAGCAAUUCGAAACUGGAGAAAAUUGCUGGUCAAAAUGGUGAACCGAUAAAUCUGGGAAAUGAUAAAAAAGGAGAAAAAAAAAAAAAAAAAAGCGAAGAAAAAAACGGAGAAAAAAAAAGAAAAAUAAAUGGAGAGGAAAGAAAAGGUAAAGAUAUUGCUGAAAAUGAAGCUUAUGAAUAUCAUUAUAAACUGAUUAAACAAAAUAGUUGUAUUUUAAAAAAAAGUUUGUUAGAAUGGUAUCAUAAAUAUCGAAGAAAAUUGCCAUGGAGAAAUGAUCAACCACCAUAUACAACAAAUAUAAAUAUAAAAAAUGAAAUAAAUAAAGAUAGUGAUAUUCGAAAUUAUUUUCUUAAAACACAAGACAAUACUAAAUUAGAUGAUAAAGGUGAUAAAAAAAAACAAAAUAAUAUAAUCCAAAUAAAAAAUAAUGUAAAUGAUAAUAAUAAUAAUAAUAUUGAAAAAACACAAACUUUAAUCUUUUUGGACAAUAAAAUUUUAAAAUAUGAAAAUUUGAACAAACAGAUUGAAAGUAUUCCAAAAUUAAUAAACCAAAAUGAAGAAAUGGAAAAACUGAAAUUACGAGGAUAUCAAAUAUAUAUUAGUGAAGUAAUGCUACAACAAACAAAAGUAGCUACAGUAUUAAAUUAUUAUUUAAAAUGGAUGAAUAAAUGGCCAACUAUUUUUGAUUUGACUAAAAGUAAUUUAGAUGAUAUAUUAACAGAAUGGAAAGGGUUAGGAUAUUAUAAUAGAGCUAAAAAUUUAUUAGAGUGUUGUAAAAUAGUUGUAAAUAAAUAUAAUGGAAUUUUUCCUAACAAUUUAAAAUUAUUAAAAGAUUUACCAGGAAUUGGAAACUAUACAGCUAAAGCAAUUUCUAUACAUUUAUAUAAUUCAAAAGAUAUAUGUAUUGAUACAAAUAUUAUUAGAAUAUUUUCUAGAAUUACAGAUACUAUAAAUUAUUAUGGUUCUACUAUUUUAUCUCAACAUUGUGAAGAGGUAAGUAAAAUAUUAUGUACAGAUGCAUGUAAUUAUUCUGACUUUAAUCAAGCUUUGAUGGAUUUAGGAUCAAGUAUAUGUAAUACAUCUCCUCAAUGUUCAAUAUGCCCAUUAAAUAAAUAUUGUCUUAUUUAUUUGAAAGAAAAUAAAAAAAACAUCAAAAAUAAACGUAGAAAAAUUAAUGGAAAAAUUAAUGGAAAAAUUAAUGAAAAAAUUAAAAUAACACUUGAAAUAAAUCAGGUAUUUAAUUUGGAUCAUCCAAAUAAUUGCACAUUAUGUGUUAAAGACAGAAAUGUAGAUAUUAAGCUUGUUCCUUUAGCUCGAUCAAAAAAAAAAACAAAUAAAAUAUGUCUCAUUUUAAUAAUAAAAAAAAGUGAUAACUAUAAGGUCAAUACUAAAGAAAAUCAAAAUAAAGAACAAUUAGAUGACUAUAAUUAUUUGAUGGUUAAAAAUACAGAUUCAAAUUUAUUUUUGAUGCAUUAUUUGUUCCCAUUUAUACUUAUCGAGAAUUCUACACCAGAAGUAUACAACAUGCACUUAAAUAGUUUAUUAUAUAAGCUUAACUUAAAUAAUACCAAAUCGGAUUCCUUUAUAUACGUUGGAAAUUUUAAACACGUAUUUUCCCAUUUGAUAUAUGAUACUUACAUUUAUACUUGCUUUGUUCAGAAUUCAGAAAAUGCAAAUAUAGGAUAUGAACAUGUAUGGAUAAAAUUAAAAGAUAUCAAGGGCUUCAUGCACAACUCGUUUUGUGAAAAUAUAAUUAAACACUAUAAGAAAAGUGUGAAUGAAAAAAAAACAAUUAUUUCCGAAUUUUUCGAAUAA